GUGAAUGUCGACGGAGGGUUUGAAUACCUAUCAUGGUUCAGUUGUGAAACUGAUAGUGCGAUGAUUGCGUUUCUUUGGGUUUUACUUUCGUUAGUUAUCGCGGUUCUUGUGCAUUGGCAUUGGCGGAAGAAAGUGGCUUUCGCAAGGAACAUUCCGCGGUUGGAGCCCUGCUACCCUAUUGUGGGAAACUUACCGUUGGCUUUGAUGAAAAAUUCCAAUCAAAUAUUCAUAGUGCUUCACGAUUUCUUCCGGACUCAUAACCGAUUGUUUACAUUGCGCUGCGGACCUUUGGUGGCCAUCGGUGUCACCAAUCCAGAUCUAAUUCAAAAAGUUCUCAAUCAUCCAGAUUGCCAACAAAAGCCAGACCUUUACAAAGUGGUUCGGCUGCCCGGUGGACUGCUGGCUGCGAAAUAUGAGACAUGGAAGAAGCAUCGCAAAACGUUGAAUUCUACGUUCAACCUACGAAUUCUGAAUAGUUUUCUGCCAAUAUUCAACGAUUGCUCGAGGAAAUUAAUCGAUCGGUUGAGUUUUUUCGCUGAAACGGAUGAAUCGUGCAACAUUUUGGAGUACAUUUCUGAAUGUACCCUGGAAAUGAUUAGCAGAACGUCUCUGGGCGGGAAAGCGAUGGAACGGAAAGGAAAACAGGAGUUUAUUGAAAACUUGAAAGUUGCCCUAAAUGCUCUCGGAAAGCGGAUAUUGAACGUGUUGCUACAUAGUGAUUUUAUUUAUCGGUUUACUCAGCUCUACUACAAUGAAAUGAAAGCAAUCGCUGUCUGUCAUCAGUUCACAGAUAAGAUUAUUGCCGAAAAACGCACUGAAAUAGGAACUUUGCUGCAUAAUAAUGGAAAUGUGAUUGAAUCGGACGCAAACUAUAAGCGACCGCAAAUUUUCAUCGAUCAACUGAUGAAAAUGCCAUUGAAAGCGGAUGGAGUGUACAGUUUCAGUAAUCGGGAGAUUUCUGAUCAUAUUUACACUAUGAUAGUGGCUGGAAAUGAGACAUCCGCUACCCAACUCUCUCAUACGUGUCUUCUGCUGGCGAUGUAUCCAGAUAUCCAGGAACGAGCCUACCGCGAGGUUCGGAACAUUAUCACCUCACCAGUGAUGGAAAUCAACAUCGAUGAUUUGAAACAACUAGUUUACAUUGAGGCUGUGAUCAAGGAGGCGAUGAGACUGAUACCUGUGGCACCGAUCAUAGCCAGGGAGAAUCUACGCGACAUAGAGUUGGAUGGCCACCAUAUUCCGAAAGGGACCCUGUUAAUGAUGAAUUUCUACUCACUUCAUCGGCGUAAAGAGCUCUGGGGUCCAUUUGCGGACCACUUCGAUCCGGAACAUUUCCUCGAAGAUGCGGCAAUGCAGACAAGACAUCCUUAUGCCUAUUUACCAUUUAGUGGAGGCCCGCGCGGUUGCAUCGGCUAUAGAUAUGCAAUGAUGAGCUUAAAACUGGCACUGGCAUUGAUAUUGAAAAACUUUCGGCUCACAACGGAAAUAAAGUACGAUCAAAUUCAAUAUCAGUAUCAGAUAUCGUUGAACCUAGCUUUACCUCAUACGGUUAGUUUGAAGAGAAGAUUGUAAAUGUACAGUUUUGAAACUUUCGUUCCUCAAAAAUCACGUUAUCACGUGUCACGUUAUUGAAUGUCUCUCAACUAUUUAUUACAAUAAGUUAUAGCAAUGGUAGGAACAUCAAGUAGAGUUAUUUUCUUUUGUUGUCUCUGCUCCUGUCAUCGACCAGCCGCCUAAUAGUGACGCAUCUGGUAAGGAAAUAGGCUCGUUCGCAAGGAUUUCCCGCUUGAAUAAUUAAAAUAAAAAUGAUUAUU